AACAAUUAGAAAACAAAUUGAAAGAUUUAUUGGUCAAACUGAACAAUUACAUCAAGUUGAAAAAGACUUAAAAGAAAACACUUCUAAGUUAGAAAGCCCUCUAUCUUGGAAGUUAAAGAAAAAAGAACUAGACAAUUAUUUAUCUCUAGCAAUUUUUGUGGGAAUGGUUGGAGAUUCUCAAAUUGGAAAAACUAGUUUAAUGGUUAAAUAUGUCGAGGGAUCAUUUGAUGAAGAUUAUAUUCAAACUUUAGGUGUGAAUUUUAUGGAAAAAACAAUUUCUCUAAGAAAUCACCAAAUAACUUUUAGUAUAUGGGAUCUUGGUGGACAGCGUGAAUUUGUUAAUAUGUUACCAUUAGGUGCAAUGCCAUUCCUUAUUGGUACAAAAUAUGAUCAAUUUGUACUUUUUUCAGAUGAAGAAAAACAAGCUAUUACAAAACAGGCUCGUCGAUUUGCCAAGGCAAUGAAAGCAUCAUUGAUAUUUUGUUCAACGUCUCAUUCGAUCAACAUUCAUAAAAUAUUUAAAAUAGUAUUGUCAAAAGCGUUUGACAUCAAAUGUACGAUUCCAGAGAUUAACGAGGUUGGUGCCCCAAUAUUAGAAUAUAUUAAUAAUACCUAG